AUGGGCAAAUUCAGCGUGCCGUCACUGCUGGCACUUCUUGCUGCGCCGUUCCUGGUGAAUGGUCUUGACUUCACCUCUCCCGGGAACCCAAUUCUAGGAGAUGGCUCUAUCUACUCAGCCGAUCCAGCCCCCUUUGUCGUUGGCAAUGAGGUUUACAUUCUUUCUGGCCGUGAUGAGGCUAGUUCCGGGGUAAAUGAUUUCGUCAUGAACAAAUGGCAGAUCUUCCAGGCCACCAACCCCAGCCCGGCAGGAGGCUCUUGGAAACUACACGAAGAUGUGGCGCGACCAGAAGGAUUGUUUUCGUGGGCUACAUCUGGAGGUGCAUAUGCCAGCCAGAUUGUGCAAGGCGCUGAUGGCAAGUUCUACCUCUACGCCUGCGCCCAACAGAGAAACGGCGCCUCAGACCCUUUCUCUAUCGGAGUGGCAGUCUCUGAUAGCCCGACUGGUCCCUUCAAAGAUGCCCAUCCCUCCGGGCCCAUCAUCUCGCAGACUGUGCCAUCACCAGGCAACUCCAUCCACAACAUUGAUCCCACCAUCCUCGUCGACGGCGGGCGAGUGUUCCUCUACUGGGGUUCCUUCGGCAACCUGUAUGGCUACGAGCUGGCCUCUGACAUGACCACGGUUCUCGCCAACACCAAGGUCGUCGUCACAUCUCUCACGGGCUACUUCGAAGCUCCCUGGCUCAUGAAGCGAGGCAGCACCUACUACAUGCUCUACGCCGCCAACAACGCGGGCACGACCUCGGCCUGCACGCCCACCAGCUACCACGCCUGCAUCGCCUACGGCACGGCCUCCAGUCCCCUCGGACCGUGGACAUUCCGCGGCGUCAUCCUCGGCGUCGUCUCCUCCACCACCUCCCACCCGGGCGUCUACACCCUCGGCAGCCAGUCCUACCUCGUCUAUCACACCGCCGACGCCGUCAACGGCGGCCACUUCCGCCGCAGCGUCGCCUUCGACCUCCUCACCUUCGACGACUCCAAGUCCCCGCCGACCAUCAAUAAAGUGACUCAGACGAAGCGCUCCUCCCUCACCGCCCCGCGCCCGCCCAACCGCAACAUCGCGCCCCUCGCCUCGUCAGUCGAGUCCGCCAACGGCACCCCGAUCCAGUACUGGAUCAAGUCCCUCAACGACGAGCGCCUCCUUUCGAACCCCCUUCCGCCGGACUACUGGUGCUCCUGGGCCGGGACUUCCUCCCCAAAAACCAACACGCUCACGUACACCUGGGACAAGGACAUGCAGCUCAACGGCGUCGCCAUCUCCUUCUUCACCGACCAGCCGGCCGGGUCAAACGUCGGCGUGCCCCCUCCCGCGUCGUGGGUCGCACAGUACCAGAACGCGGCCGGGUCCUGGGUCGACGUGAGCGUCACCUCGGGGGGGUACCCGACCGCACCGACGCUGACGCCGCCAGAGGUGAAGUUUCAGACGAUCACGACGAGGAAGUUCAGGGUUGUGCUCCAGGGAUCUGGGGGCCCGAGCCAGUAUGGUGCUGUGGGGAUUCACGAGUGGUAUGCGUAUAGCCCGACUGCGGUUUGA